AUGGUUCGGUACUUCUCGAACGAUCAACCACUAUCCCGGGUUGAGCCACUGCCGCAUCUAAUCAAUUCUCUGGCGCGCAUUAUCACGGAAAACUCGCCUGACAGGGCAGCGGCAGAGCCAGGGGGCUUAUUUCAUGGAACUUUAUCUAUUGCCUAUCUCUUCUUCCGUCUGUCUAUCACCCAUCCAAAGAUUGACGUUGAGGGUAGGCCUAUGAGCCACUGGUUUCAAGAAUAUUUUGAGCAAAGCCAAGUUAUUAAAUCAUCCAUUCCAAGACCUGGAAAAUGCGGUAUCAUUCAGGACUAUCUCCUGUCUCUGGCUCUAUACAUUGCUUCUACAAAAGAUGAGGAAGCCGCGCAAAUGCUUUGUGAGCAGUCUUCGGUUCUGGUCGAAGAUGAUGAUUGCAGCCCGGAAUGGCUUUAUGGAUUAGCUGGGUACCUCUAUCUUUUGAGAUUAGCGAUGAAGUCUUUGCCUUCCGACGCAAAAGUUCAGAACUAUGUGCAGUCAACCGCUGAAGUUGUGGCAGAGAAACUGAUCCGCAUGCGCCGGCCAUGGACUUGGCAUGAGAAAGCUUACCUUGGCGCUGCUCACGGAGCAAUUGGAAUAAUCACGCAGAUUGUACUUACGGUGCCUUCAUUUGCCAAGGAUGUUCAAAAAGAUUUAGAGGAUGUCCUUGACCUUCAGCUCGAAAAUGGCAACUGGCCAUCAUCACUUCCGGAUGGCGGGAUUGCAGAAACGGCCGGGAAGGAUAGGUUGGUUCAAUUCUGUCACGGAGCACCUGGUGUGAUUGUUUCUCUUCUUUCUAUCAUGAAGUAUUUUCCCGAGCUCAGGCCACGUAUCGAAACUGCCAUUCAAAGAGGUCGGGAAUGUAUCUGGGCUCGCGGGCUGCUGGUCAAAGAGCCAUGCCUAUGUCAUGGUAUCUCCGGCAAUGCCAUGGCAUUGGAGGGGCGCCAACUUGACCAUUUCAUGACCUUUACCACGGAAGAGGCUAUAGGCAGGCACCAAUCAUCAGGAAUUAUGACAAGCAGUGACAGUCCUUAUUCGUUGAUGGGUGGCGAAGCCGGUCGAGCAUGGGCUUGGGCAGUGGCUGAAGGUAACCUGGCCAGGACCAUAAUUGGUUACAACGACAUUUGA